AUGGCACAAGACGUGUGCCCGGCCAAGUCAGAACCGACGCUUUCCUUCACGCAGGGCUUCAUUCUCGGCCAGAUCUCGGUCGUAGUCGUGCUCGCCGUCUUUAUCAAGUUCUUCAUUUUUGGCGACCCCCCUUCGCCCGAGGCCACGGCAUCUCGCGCCGCUGCAGAACGCCGCUCCCAGACGCUGGCCCACAAGCAGUCGCUGCUGAGCCUGCGCACUUCAUCCAAUGCCAAUGCUAAUGCCAAUUCUAAUGCCAAUUCUAAUGCCGCGGGCUCACGGCCGACGGGCCAGCCGCCGGCUCUGAACAAGAAGAAGUCGAGCAUCCUGCGCUCGAGCCCCCCGACAUUGACCAUCGGCUCCAUUCUCGACAAGACAUACUACAAGGUGGACAGCCACCAGCCCGAGAGCCUGGACUGGUUUAAUGUGCUCGUCGCGCAGACGAUUGCCCAGUUCCGCAGUGAUGCGCAGCACGACGACGCCAUCCUCACGUCGCUGACCAAGGCCCUCAACGGCACCUCGCGGCCCGACUUUGUCGACGAGAUACGCGUGACGGAACUGAGCUUAGGCGACGACUUCCCCAUCUUCAGCAACUGCCGCGUCAUCCCCGUUGAUGAGGACGGUCUCGACUUCGGCCCUGGAAAGGCCAUGGACCCGAGCACGGCGACAAGGGAAGGCGCCCGCCUGCAGGCGAGGAUGGACGUCGAUCUCAGCGACAUGAUCACCAUGGCUGUCGAGACCAAGCUUCUGCUCAACUACCCCAAGCGGCUCAGCGCCGUCUUGCCCGUCGCCCUGGCCGUGUCGGUCGUGAGGUUCAGCGGCACCCUGUCCAUAUCCUUCGUACCGAGCAACCCGUCCGAGAACACGCCCACCAAAAUGACGUUUACGUUUCUUGAUGACUACCGACUGGAUUUCUCCAUCCGCAGCCUCUUAGGAAGCCGGUCUAAAUUGCAGGACGUGCCCAAGAUAGCGCAGCUCGUCGAGUCGCGUCUCCACCGCUGGUUUGACGAGCGGUGCGUGGAACCGAGGUUUCAAGAAAUUGCUCUCCCGAGCCUGUGGCCGCGGAAGCGUAACACACGCGGCGGUGACGAUGCCAUAGCCGACGUGGGGCGGUCCAUGAGCAUGAGCAAGGCCAAGGGCGUCGACAUUUUGAAAGACGUGCGGGACGAGGCCCGGAGACAAGCGUCGGCCGAAACGGACGGGCGGCCUGACUCGUUGCGAAUGCGCCGGCGCCAGAGGGCAGAGGAUGCCUUUUCCAUGCCUGGAUCCAUGCCCGGCUCCAUACCCGGCAUGGCUUUGGAUGGUUCAACGUCGGGCGUCUUCAGCUGA